CUGCUGAGCUCCGCCCUUUCCUGCUCUGGUCACAUGACAGUGACGUCACCGCAGGUCCUUCCUCUGUCAGUCCCCAUGGAGAAGCUGCCCCCGGCCGCCAUGAUGGAGGCUCCCCUCCCAGGUUCUGACUCCAGAAGGAGAAGUCCCCCCGAGAGAUGUCCCCGUCCACUGUAUUCCCAGGACUGUCCAGAGGAGAAGCCCCCAGAGAACCAUCAGGAUGAAAAUCUGAUGGAUAUUAAGGUUGAGGUUAAAGAUGAAGCAGAAGAGGAGAUGGAUUUAUGGGGCGAUCAGCAGGAUGGACUCAUAGAAGGAAAUCCCCCCGAGAGAUGUCCCCGUCCUCUGUAUUCCCAGGACUGUCCAGAGGAGAAGCUCCCAGAGAACCAUCAGAUGACAAAUCAUGGGGAAGAUCUGAUAUUAAAUAUUAAAGUGGAGGAUGAAGAAGAGCGGAUGAUGGGCGAUCCCCCGUGUAAGAGUGAGGUGGAGGAGGACAUUCCAGGAGAUGUGACCACAGGAAAUCCCAGUAAGAUCUCUGAGGGAAACGCCAUGUUAUCGCUAGACUAUAAAGAAGAUGAAGAUACCAUGCAGCGCUCUUCAGGAGAAAACCUCUUUACCUGUAAUAUACACCCAGGACCUUACAGUGCAGAUCUGUCAUAUAAUCCUCCUAACCAUGAGGAACCUUCUCCUGACCAAUCACAGAUUGUUACCACAAGGGCCAGGCAGAAAGGGGGAAAAAGGUUUCAGUGUGACGAAUGUGGAAAACAGUUUACAAAAAGCUUAAAUCUUAUUAGACACACAAGAAUUCACACAGGAGAGAAGCUGUAUUCAUGUUCAGUAUGUAAAAAGUGUUAUACAAAUGAAUCAGUGCUGGUACAACAUAAGAGAAAUCACACAGGAAAGAAGCCGUAUUCAUGUUCAGAAUGUGGGAAAUGCUUUACAUAUAAAUCAGAUCUUAUUAGACAUGAGAGAAGUCACACAGGAGAGAAACCAUAUUCAUGUUCAGAAUGUGGGAAAUGUUUUACAGAUAAAUCAGAUCUUAUUAGACAUGAGAGAAUUCAUACAGGAGAGAAGCCAUAUUCGUGUUCAGAAUGUCGGAAAUGUUUUAUAGAUAAAUCAGAUCUUGUUAAACAUCAAAGAAUUCACACAGGGGAAAAGCCAUAUUUGUGUUCAGAAUGUGGGAAAUGCUUUUCAAUUAAAUCAUAUCUUGUAAAACAUCAGAGAAUUCACACAGGAGAGAAGCCAUUUUCAUGUUUACAGUGUGAUAAAUGCUUUACACACAAAUCGCAACUUGUUAGACAUCACAUAAUUCACACAGGAGAGAAGCCGUAUUCAUGUUCAGAAUGUGGGAAACGCUUUACAGAUAAAGCAAAUGUUAUUAGACAUGGGAGACGUCACACAGGAGAGAAGGCUUAUUCAUGUUCACAAUGUGAGAAAUGUUUCAUACAUAAAACAGAUCUUGUACAACAUGAGAGAAUUCACACAGGAGAGAAGCCAUAUUCAUGUUCAGAAUGUGGGAAAUGCUUUACACACAAAUCAUAUCUUGUUAAACAUCAGAGAAUUCACACAGGGGAGAAGCCAUAUUCAUGUUCUGAAUGUGGGAAAUGCUUUACACACAAAUCAUAUCUUGUUAAACAUCAGAGAAUUCACACAGGGGAGAAGCCAUAUUCAUGUUCUGAAUGUGGGAAAUGCUUUACACACAAAUCACAACUUAUUAGACAUGACAUAAUUCACAAAGGAGAGAAGCCGUAUUCAUGUUCAGUAUGUAGGAGAAAUUUUAAAACUAAAUCAACUCUUGUGAAACAUGAGAGAAUUCACAAAAGAGAGAAUACAUUUUGAUGUUUUGUAUAUAAAUAAUGUUUUAGAAGGAACAUAGCAAAGAAACCAUAAUGCUGUUAAGAAUGUAGGAAAUGUUCUUUAUUCAGAAGAGCCUUGAGGAUGAAUUGUCCCCAUGAUUCUUGCUUCUUCUUACUAUAUUCAGAGCUACACUGCAGAGGGACAUAGUGUAAGGGGAAGGACUACCCAUAGAGAGUUUUAUGUAAUUGUGUUGUAAGGGUACUUUACAUACAUAAUUACUUACUGAGUGGUUCUGUUUCAUUUAAUUCUGUCCCCUUUAAUUUUAACUUCUAUAUGCUGUUUAAUGGUAUUCCUUGUAAUGUAGUGAGUAAGGGAUAGUUAGAUAACAUACACAACCCCCUGCUGUGCUGAGAAGGCCACAUUCUACCUCAGAGACCUAUGCACUGUGCACUGGACAUCCUUAGGAGGAUCAACUAAAAGGUGUAAACUUUGCUGCACACAGACAGUUAAUUGGAACUCCACUGAACAUCAUCCAGGUAGGAUGUUGUAGGUCUGUCUCUUGUAUCACCAUGGGGCGCCAGCCAUGUGCUACGACAACGCGACUGGAGUCCCCCACAUAUUGUA